UUCCAGCAAACAAUCUCAGGAUUUAAACAAAGUUACGCAUCUUCUGGCUUCGAGUUGUUUCUAGGGUUUCAUUGUUAUGAAAGCUCUUUAACACCGAGGGUUCAAGUGUGGUUAGAGAGAAAUGAAUUCGGCUGAGGUGAAUGUGAAUCCUAGGGUUUUUGGUGAUAGUUUCGUUACUUUUUCUGGCAAUGGCUCCGGGAAAUUUGAAAUGAUUGAUCAGGCCGAAGCUUUCCUUAUGGAGCUUGAUUCGGUUGCUGCAGACACUGGAAGUGAUGGAAAUGGAAAUGUCGAUUUAGGUUCUCGAGUGUCUAACAGUGAAACGGAACCUAGAUUUUGUGAAAUGAAAAGAGAGAUUAGAGACUCUGAUCACCGAUUUUAUGAGCUCUGCAACGAAUCUGGUGAGAAGAAAAUGGAGAAAAGGCGAGUUCCGGACUACAAAUCUUUCUUAUCCGAAUUUGACGAUUAUGUUGCGAGGGAGAAAAUGGGUUCUAGAAAUUCGAAGGCAUUGAGCUAUGGUUUUGAAGUGGGAGAUAUGGUUUGGGGAAAGGUAAAGUCACAUCCAUGGUGGCCAGGUCAAAUAUUCAAUGAAGCUUUUGCGUCUCCCUCUGUUCGUCGUGUGAAGAAGAUGGGUUACGUUCUGGUUGCUUUCUUUGGGGAUAAUAGUUAUGGAUGGUUCGAUCCUGCUGAGCUUAUCCCUUUUGAACCUCAUGUGAAGGAGAAAUCACAGCAAACUAGUUCGGAUCACUUUGCAAAAGCUGUGGAAGAAGCUAUGAAUGAAGUAGGUAGAAGGUCAGCUCUUGGCUUGACUUGUAAAUGUCGGAAUCAGUAUAACUUUAGGCCUAUUAAUGCUCAAGGUUACUUUGCUGUAGACGUGCCUGAUUACGAGGUCCAAGCUAUUUACUCUUCUAAGCAGAUUCAGAAAGCUAGGGAUAGUUUUUCAUCUGUGCAAACUCUAGCUUUUGUGAAGCGGUGUGCAUUAGCACCUCAAGAGUGUGAUACAGACAGCUUAAAGUCUUUCCAGAAGAAAGUAGCGGUUUGUGCAUUCCGUAGAGCAGUGUUUGAGGAGUUUGAUGAAACAUAUGAACAAGCUUUCAGGGCAAGAUCUGUAUACUGUUUAAUGAAGACACAUGAACCACUUAAUAGAGCACCCCUUCGAGUCCCCUUGAGUGGCUCAUUGGUCAGUGCAGAAACUCUGGGCAACCCAAAGAGCUACACAAAAGCUAUGAAUGUAAAGGAUUCUACUAAACAAGACAAAUAUCUUCCAAAAAGAAGAGAAGAAGCUGGUGAUAUGACAGUUCAAUUUGGCCAGGUCCAAGAAUCUUCUCAGUUUCAGGGCAUCAACGGAUCUUCAGCUUGGGAUCGUCUACUCCAGAGAAGGACUCCAUGUCUCCAAACUCCCAGGAAACAUGAGCAGACUGGGCUUGUCAGCAUGAACUUCACCUCUUCAAGUGGUAAUAUUCCUGGAAAGAAAUCCUCUGUUUCAAAGCUCUCUCGUGAUGAUGACAAGGGUUUAGCUCAAGAGUCAGAUGUGAGAAUGGGAGAAAAAGCAACUCUAUUUCCAGAUCAGGAGAAAUUUGAACCAAUGAAAAGCCUUAAACAAGAUGAGACUGGAACAAAUUCUAGAUCUAACAAAAGCUCUCUCAAGCUUUUUAGUGGUGGGAAAUUUUCUGCAGGAGUUGGGAUCAAGAAAGGCAAUGUCGUGAAACGGUCUUCUGGCGAAAUGAAAUCUGAGAAUUGUCCUCCAGAACCAAAGAAAAAGAAGAAAGAGUAUGUGUCAGAGCUGAACCGUGACACUCCAGAUAAGAGGAAAGCGUUAUCUUCUGGAGAAGCUUGGGCCAAGAAAUCGUCACAAGUAGAUUCAGCAAAGAGACGCUCCAAUAUGUUGAUAGUGAAACUUGAUGGUCUGCAGCUGUUGAGUAAUUUGCUAGCUCUCUCGCUUGACCCUCUCUUUGGAUCCUCAGAUAGAAGUUCUUUUAGAGUUAUAAGGCAGUUCUUUUUUCAUUUCCGAUCACAUGUUUACCAGAAAAGCUUGGCCACAUCUCCUUCCGCAACAAAACUGUCAAAAUCUGCAAAGACUUUGUGCAGAGCUAAUGAACAAUCAAAGGCUGGGAGAAACCGCAUAUCGUCUGACAGUCAACAAGAUGUCCCAUCAACUAAGAAGCUAAAGAAAACCAUUCAGUUCAAACCACUGGCUUCUGACAAGAAAACAAACCAAGAUGCAACAAAGAGAUCAAGUCUUGCACCUUUAAAUCCAGUAAGAGACCAAUGUCGAGUUCCCAUCAAUGCCAAACCAGCUAUAGUUCAACAAGAAAAGAAGACGGGUCCAUCUGCAAUGGUAGUUGAGCCAACAAUGCUGGUCAUGAUGUUUCCUCCUGGUGAAUCUCUCCCUUCCAUUGAUCUGCUUAAGGCGAGGUUUGGACGCUUUGGACAGUUGGAUCAAUCAGCCAUCAGAGUUUCCUGGAAAUCCUCGAUCUGCCGUGUUGGCUUCCUGUAUAAACUCGAUGCGCAGACUGCCUUAAGAUAUGUAUCAGGAAGCAAAUCUCUCUUUGGCAAUGUGAAUGUGACAUACUUUCUCCGUGACAUGAAAGCUUCUUCUGCAUCCGGAGAUCAUGAACUGAAGAAAGCCAAGAGGCCCAAGACAGACAAACCCAUCACUAAACCAUUGAACCAGCUACUAGAGCAAGCACCGCCGGUUCACCAACCAAACAUCCAGCUCAAGUCUUGUUUGAAAAAACCAGGCAAUAACCGUAAUGGUAACCACAGAACAGUACGAGUGAAAUUCAUGUUGGGUGAGAAAGAAACAGAGUCACCAUUUUCGGUUUCGAUUCUUCCUCUCUCUUCACAAGACUCAGAACCAAAGCCUGUAAAUAACCAAGUGGACCACGUCGAGCCACCACUAGACCCGUCACAGCUUAAGGUGGACAUCUCCCUGCAGAUGAUGGAGCUGUUAACAAGGUGUAACGAUGCUGUGGCCAACGUCACGGGUUUGUUGGGUUACGUCCCUUAUCAUUCCUUAUGAAAGAUUACAUUAAAGAAAAACAAAAGUCUGUCCUUAGGUAUUAUUAACUAGUAUUAUCUGGAGAAGGGUAUCAAAAUUCAAAGUGAAUAGAACAUCUCUCUUUCUCUAAAUAUCCACAUUUGACAUAUAAACCGAUUUUAAACCAGAAUGUUUUUCUAACUUUACUGGUUUCCAGUUUGCC